GAGGGGUGUAAACAGGCUCGGUGGUGGCCGAGCUGCGGCCCUGCUGUGUCCUGGUGUCCGGCAUGCUUCAGGCGAGGCGGGGCGGCCCAGCCGCGAGCUCAGCGCCCACCUGAGGUAACCCUUGCGGCCUUGGGACGGGCGUACCUUACGCCGCGCGCAGUCACUGCUGCCCGCCGCCGACGAGGCCGGCCGAGCCCCGGACCCCGGCAGGGGGUGUGGCUGCCGGCGGUGCCGUCCGCGACAGGUGGGUUGGGCAGGGGCGGCCGCCGAGGCCCAAGCUCUGCACGGCUCUGGGUCGCGGCCUCGGCGCGGAGCCGGCCGAAAAGUGGCAGCGACCCCGGGCUGUGGGCCCUUCCGCCCCGGCUGCUCGAGGCUGCCCGAGGCUACUCUCCGGGCCGCGCCGAACCGAGGGCCGCAGGAUCCGUGGGGGACGCUGAGGACCCCGGGCUGCCAGCGUGGAGUCCCAGUUGAAGCCUGGCCUGGCCCUUGCGGGCUGUGAGACCUUGGCCAAGUCAGCCUCAGCCCUCGCCCUGGCCUGAGUUUCCACAUCUGUAAUGAAUGUCUGGACUAGAUGAUCUGUGAGGACCUGCCACUUCUGACGUGUGUGAUCUCGAGACACCCGCAUACUUUGGAAGCUGCCAGAGGGAACACUUAGGACUGGGAUUGAUGAGAGAUUUACUGAAACUUGAAGUUUUAUACUGAAAGAGGAAAACCAUAAACUUUUACAAGUUGUCCACUUGAUGCUUCUGUGAAGUGAGCAAGAUUGGAGGUUGAACGGACUAUGAAUGGAACCCAAGCUUGAAGUCCAUGGCCCAAAAUGACUCUACCACUGGAGACUCUGUUCAGUAGAGAAGACACCCAGACAGGAGGCUGGGAUGAGCAUGCCACUGCAUCAGAUCUCUGCCAUUCCAACCCAGGAUGCCACCUCUGCUAGAGUCUACAGAAGUAAGACCAAAGAAAAGGAGAGGGAAGAGCAGAAUGAGAAGACUUUGGGACAUUCCAUGAGUCAUUCAAGUAACAUUUCUAAGGCUGGGGGUUCUUCGUUGGCGUCGGCUCCAGUGUCCGCCUUCUCUCGCACUUCUGUCACGCCAUCCAAUCAGGACAUCUGCAGUUCCAGUGCAGUGUGUUCUGAGUGUUGUCACCAAAGUCCCGUGCAGUCUGCCGUUGUCUUGAAAGCUCCUCAAUGCCAGAGUUCUCUGACACAAGGGCUCACUGUGACAGUUAUCUGUAAAGACACAUUGUCAAAGAGAAAUUCCUGUGGUUCAGAAUGGACCCAGGCCUUGAAGCCUGCUGACAAUACCAAAGCCAGAAGAAUACUAAAGUUCUCAAAAUCCCUAAACGAUGUGGGUGAGAAGCCCCAGAACACUUCGGAAAGUUUUGACUAUGUGGAAAGAACUCGCUCCGAAGGGAAAUUGGUACUCCCUCAAGAUCCAGGUCUGAGGAUUAACAGGUUCCAUCAGAAGGAAAAAAAAGCGCAGCAUCACAAACCUCUUGGCAGUUCCAAACAUUCUUGCGUUUCAUCCCUUUCUGCCAACCGUUCAGUUGCCUCAGAGGUGGAAGCUGGCAAGGGGGGCAUCCACGUCCCUCUUUUGGAAGAGAGAGCGGAUGCUGAAGCUGUGUCCAGGAGCCGGCGACUGCUCCGGUACCUGUUCUCGCUCUCGCACGGCUCGAGCGCCAGCAGCCUGCACAGGUUCCAUGAGCUGGAGGGCUGUGCCGCGCCCCUGCACACCGCCAAGUCCUCCAGCGGGCUGGCAGGGAGCAUGGGCUUCUGCUCCGAUGAAAUGGGAGACGACGAUGUCUUUGAGGACAGCGCAUCUGCAAAAUGGAAGAACAAGGUCCUGCGGGCACCCCUCUGCUCAGUGGAGAAGGACAGUGACCUGGAUUGUCCUUCUCCCCCCUCUGAAAAAUGCCCCCCCAUAUCUCCUGUAUCCACAUCAGGGGAUGCCUGCAGGAUCUGCCACUGUGAAGGGGAUGACGAGAGCCCUCUGAUCACCCCCUGCCGCUGCACAGGGAGCCUCCACUUCGUGCACCAGACCUGCCUGCAACAGUGGAUCAAGAGCUCUGACACGCGCUGCUGUGAGCUCUGCAAGUACGAGUUCAUCAUGGAGGUCAAGCUGAAGCCUUUGAGAAAAUGGGAGAAGCUGCAGAUGACGGCCAGCGAGCGCAGGAAGAUCAUGUGCUCAGUGACAUUUCAUGUCAUCGCCAUCACCUGUGUGGUCUGGUCCUUGUACGUGCUCAUCGACCGCACCACUGAGGAGAUCAAACAUGGACAGGCAACAGGAAUCCUAGAAUGGCCCUUUUGGACUAAAUUGGUGGUUGUGGCCAUCGGGUUUACUGGCGGACUUCUUUUUAUGUACGUUCAGUGCAAAGUAUACAUACAAUUAUGGAAGAGACUCAAGGCUUAUAACAGAGUAAUCUAUGUUCAAAACUGUCCAGAGACCAGCAAAACGAAUAUUUUUGAAAAAUCUGCACUAACAGAGCCCAACUUUGAAAAUAAAGAUGGACCUGGAACCUGUCAUUCCGACACAAACUCUUCUUGUUGGACAGAACCUGAAGACACUGGAACCGAAAUCGUUCAUGUCUGAUUUUGUGGAGGGUGUAGUUUUCCUGGACAUCGAUGAACAGCUGAAGGAAAUUGUUUACUGCCAAUUCUGUACCUUUUUUUAUGUCCUUUAAUAGCAUAGACCAGGCAGGUGACUGUUUUUUUAAUGGCUUCUCUUUUUCUAAACCCUCCUUAGUGAAUCUCCCAGAAAGCCCUCACAUUGGCUGUGCGUGGCGGGGUCCCACUUCUGCCAGCACUUCCACGGGAAGGGAGGCCCCCGUGACACUGUGAGGGGUUGCUGGCUGGGUUCUGGCCCACGAAGCCUUGAGCAGUGAGAGAAUAAAAUGCCGGACCCUGAGAAGAGCAGGAGCCGGGUGGCACCCUGGCCUCAGCGCCCUGCCUCUCCUGGUCAGCAGCAGUCCGCCCACUGGAGCAGAGUGUGUGGGAAUGUCUAGUCACGCCAGAGGAUUUCCCUCCUCACCAAGAAGAGCCGGGGGAGAUGAUGUUGCCACUGACGUUUCUCCCCAGCAGACCGGGCAGUGGUGCUCUGUGCGUGGUGGCGAGUGAUUCACUGAGCAAACAGCACUUUACAAAAAGAGAAUCUUUAUUUUGUAGUAUGUGUGUCCAGUGGGAUUGACAUUUAAAAGAGUGUCUCAUUUAGAAGCCUUCCCUUCAUGACCCUGAUUACCUAUCUCUUUUACGUUAUGAUAGAUCUAAAACCCUUUUUGCCUUAUAUAUUCUAAGAAACCUGACAUCUGCUCUGUGUCCAUAAAAGGAACUUGUGGCUAUAAAACUGGAUAAACAGGCCUGAGGCUUUUUCAUAAUGUUUCAUGAGAAUUAAUGAACACCAGAUGGCAAUUUGAGCAUAGUUCCUGUGGUUUCAGGCCUAUUAUAUGGCAAGUCUUCAUGUCACAGGCCUGCCCCAAAUAUUUUUUUUUUUUUGUCAACACUGAAAAAGAAGGUUUUGUGAGAUCUAAACAAAAGGAAGGAAGUGAGUAAUUAGAACAAAACUGAAUGUUUAAAAAUGAUUCCUUUAUGGACAACCUCUCCGGUUCAUGCUGGCUUCACACUGACGGAGUGAGCACGCACUGCCCUGGUCUGGGGCACGCACACUGCAGGCACUCCUGGGCGCCGGCCACCUUGGACAGCUUCUCCUGGGUGGCUCUGUGGAUCACUGCUCAGGGCAGAGAGACAGACGGGCUGGCUCUGGGACAAAGGCCAGGAGCGAGUAGCAAACUGCCAUGGCCCCACUGGGUCACUGCCCCCAGCCACACCUCCACCCAUUUAUCGCCUUAACUGGACUGGACAGCGAGGACCCUUUAGGGGCCCCUGGCCCUGUAAUCAGUUCGUUCUGUCAUCAGGGAUUAUCUCCUGUACCAUUUUCAUAAGACAAAACCAAAAUCACCACCAUCAAAUGGCCUUUGUCCCUUUAAAAAGUCUGCUUAAAGUUCUGUUUUUAAAAACCCAUUUCUCUGCACCAGGUAAAUAAGACUCAUCUCCAGAAAAAUAGGCCAAGAGGGUCUGCAGUGUAACAUCAUCAUGCCCAGAAUACUUCCUCUCCAGGUGACUCUGCAUCUGCAGGGCCUCCUAUAAGGGGAAGGCUGCUUGGGUGGGGGAGGGGGUGUCCUGCCCUCAGUCCUCUGAACCUUAGGUGCCCCACCUGUCCUGUUUUGAGGAUGAAGCAAACACAAGGUGAUUCCUUUGCCUUUCGGACUGGAAGUGCUGUGGUUAGUUUUGAAAGCCAGGACGAGGCCGAAGUGUGUCUAAGCUCUGGGAAGGGCGUGUGGUAGCAGGCUUUGCCCUGCCACCUCCUCCCACCCAAAGUCUGACUCAUCAGGAUCACGGAUCCCUGUCUAAGGAUCUGCUCUGCCAUGGCCUUCCUCUGGUUGGGCAGGCACUAUCUAACCAUGGCAACCCCUGAAAAUAGGUCAGCCUGCUCUCGCUCUCGCGCGGUCUCUAUCGCUCUCUCUCUCGCUCUCUUGUCUCCCAGGCCGCAUCCGGUCCGCGCCUGUGUUCACUGUGCCCCAAGUGCAAUUACCCACACCCCUUCUCAGCCUGGGGACUCCAGGCAGCUACACGCUGUCCACUCAGGGGAGCUGAGUCCUGGUCAGCCCUGCCUCUACCCCUUAGAAACUGCCCAGGCAAGGCCUCUUGUCCCUGCCGUCUUCUUACAGCGAAUGAGUAGUCACGUGAAGACUGGGAUAGAAUUUUAAGUGAGAAUCCUUUCCCUCUCCCCUGAUGGAGCCCCUUAUGCUGAAGCUGAAAGUCACUGAGACUUCCUGUGGAUGGGAAAGUGUGCUUUAGGUAAGGAUAGCUGCUGGGCCGCCCACCUGUCAUGGCUGGCACCCCGUAGAGCAAAGGUGCCUUUAUAACCACGACUGCUGUGUUGCUCCCAUGCCUGACCAGGUUGUCACGUGAAACUCUUCUUUUCAGGAAGGCCUAACACCAUCUCAUCACCUCCACCAAACUCCUAAAAGCCUUCUGCCUGGGGACAGUCCAUCCCACGUCCUUCUUUCCUGUCCUGGGAUGGCACACAGAUGUCCCCUUGCCUUUCUCUUUUCUUGUAGGUUCUAGUUGAGCUCCUCUCACCCCUUUCUUAGUCCCGGCCUUAUUCCCCACCGACUGAACUGGGAAGCCAGAAGCCCUGGAAAGGUGCUGUGCUGCCAUCUAGUGGGGGAAGCAGAUCUGCCAGGUGUACCUUUAAUCCACAUCAGCUUGCCCUCUAGUUCUUUGGGGGUUAUUUAUUCCCUAGGCUCCCCGCCCCCUCCCAUUCUGCACCUGGCUUUGUGGGAGGAUGACACUUGGCUGAACCAGAAAUGUGGGAUGAGCCUGUGGGUCUGGGGGCCAGGCAAAGGGGAGAGGGAAGUGGCUCAGGGGUGUGGCCAGCUAGCUCCCUCUGAUUUGGCCUUUGCUUCCCCAAAAGUUACAGUAUGGCUCGAGGGCUUCUGACUUUGGCCGCCAGCAAUAAUUUGGUUUUUUUUUUGUGCCCGAGUUGAUUUUAAGAAUUCCUGGAAACUAUAAAAAGGUCUCAUCCUGCUCCAGGCUUCUAUGUCUCCUCCCUUUUCACCUCCUUCCACCGUUUUCAAUCUUAUGGGUCUAGUUUUCAACCUUGCUGGCGUGCCCUCCCUGGCUCCAGACAUGCAGGCCCCAGGCAGUGGGCCAGCGCAAGCGCAUCAGGUAGUGCCUGCACAGUUAGGGCUGCUUCUGCUGCCUGGUGGGUCAGCCACACGGCUGGCGGAGGCCUGCAAACAGCAGGGCCGAGAUCCACGAUGCUGUGCAUUUGGCCUGAUGCAAAGACACUUUUUGAAUACUUUCCCUUUUAGAUCUGAUUUGAAACAUGCAGCUUCCCUCUCCAGCCCAAGGAAAGACCGAAACAUAAGGGAAGAAAAGGAUUUAUCUUUGUUUUGGAAGUAAUUAAGUUGUGCAGCUAUUUACCUAUUUAGAUGCAACGUUUAUAGAAAGCUGAUUGUUAAUAAAAACCAAAUUUACACUGGCAUGUGUGGUGUAGUUUCUAAAAGGCACUUCACAUUUGAAGAUUUUCUUAACUUGGAAACUUUCUAGUUCUCUAAAUGUCUGGUUUUGUAUCCUUUUGUGUAUGUUCACUGUUUCUCAGUAUUACCACUUGAAUAAUUCUCUGGGGGGUUGUUUCUGUUAUAUACGGGGUGUCUAAUUGCAGCAAUAAAGCAUCUCUUUAAAAAGGA